CUUACAAAUGGACUAUUCCAGCUCUUACAAAUGGACUAUUGCCAUACAAUGAACCACACAAUUGUAUGGCAAUAAUGCAAUAACCAUCAAAACUCGAGGCUACUCCCAGCAGCCACUAAACAAUGUUCUAGUGUUCAAACAAGAGUUGGUGGUGCACCUGGUAAGAAAGCCACAAUUCGCGAUCCAUAAAAAAUCACUUGUUGACUCAAAACCCACGAGCCUCUUCCGUUUAGAAUUCUCCAUCCCAUUACCACCUCGCGUAAUCUAACCAUUAAUCACCCAUGAUUGGAUCUUGGCAUGCGUUGUGGCGUUAAUCUUGCCGCUAAUCGCCACCCCUAAGCUAGACCCCCUACUGCUGCUUCUGGUACAACUUGCACACUGCCCGGUGGCAGUUCAAGAAUCGAGGAAGCCAACGUGACUCUCAGUUCUGACAAGCCAUAUCAUCAAAUAUUUUUGGAGCGAGAGAGCUGAGAGGAGGAGAUCGAUGGGGUGCGUCUCGUCCAAGAUCCUGGCGAAAUCAGGGAGCUUUCAGGAGAAGGUGAGCCACAGCUUCCAGAGGAGCAGCGUGGUCGAGGAGAUCAUCCUGUCCAGCUCCAAGAGCAACGGCGACCAGUUCCUGGCCCUCCUCUGUACGUCGAACUCGUCGGCCACGGCCGGGAAGGUCAAGGAGUCCGAACAGAGCCCGGCGGCAGCGGCCGAGCCGGCCAAGAUCGAGACUAUCAACGUGUCCGAACUGCUCGCCGGGCUGGAGGAAGAGAAUUACGCUGCGGAGCAAGGGCAAGAACGGCAGGACAGUCGUGAGGACGGCGGCAAGUCGCCGGCUCAGUGCGCGGCAGACAGCGUCGCCGGCCCAUCUAGGAGUUUCCGCACGGUGGAGGAGUUCGAUGCGCUGGUGACGCAGAGCAGCUCGUCGGAACGAGCAACGGCGGUAGCAGCAACGACGUCCAGCCACGGCGCGACGGCCGCGACCACGGAGAGCAGCAGCUCGUCGGGGCUAGAAGAGCUCGCGGGACAAGGCGAGGCGGAGGCUGCCGGCGCGAAGAGGCGGGCGAGGGCGCGGCAGCUGGGCGAGCUGAAGGUGCCGCCGGCCUUCGACUUCUCCAAGUCCGGCAGCCUGCGGGACUGGCUGCACCGGGGAGGGCAUAUCUUCUCGCCGGGCUCCUACGUCACGCCCAAGUUCGGAACCGCGCCGGCGCCGGCCGAGCACGGAGGUCACAUGACCGCAGAGCAGCAGCAGCACGCGGUGUUCGACCCGGAACUGGUCGCGCAGUUCGAGCGGGCCAUGGAGCAGCUGUCCGAUGACGAGGAGCGCGUCCUGAAUGAGAUCCUGGAGGCGCUGAAGUUGGACGCCGAGGAGGAGUGUACGGCGGCGUUGGUGAGAGUGAGCGAUCAGCCGGUGGCCGUAGCUUUGCAGUAGGGUAACCGGUGAGGUAGAGUUUUGAGUUCUGGUAGCUUUUUGGAUGGUUGUAGUGUGAUUGUAAAAUUGUAACUUGUAAGUAAGAACUGUUCACCAAUGGUUUGAGUAGUUUCACUAUUCCUUA